AUGAAGCCGAAGCCAGCCCCGAAGCCAGCGCUCUCUGUCGCCGUUCUCUCUGUGAGUCCGACUCCGGACCUCGUGUCGAGUGAGGCGGCGCAGGCUGUUCCUGACCCUCCUGCACUCUCUGCUCCUACUGUUGCGCCGCCUAUCCCUAUGAACCCUGCGGCACCGACUGCCGCUGCUGAUCCUGCUCCACCUGAUGCCCCCGUUCUUGACGAGCCGAUUGUCGCCGCUGCCCCUGCUGGCGCCGUGGCGUCGCAACCGGUGGUGUCCGCCACCACUGACGGCCCGGGCCAGGUAGCGGUCUCUGUUGCUCCCGCCCCUCCGACUGUGCCGCCGCUCGUGCAGACCCCGGCUGUCCAGGCGGUUCGUGGUCCUGCGCCGCUUGCUGCUGCCCCGCCUGCUCCGCGCCCGCCGUCUCCAUGUAGCCGGCAGCAUCGGCCACACUCCCUUGCACCUCGUGACGAGCGGGAGAGGUCGCGGCGGCGACACGACUCUCCUCGGCACCGUGGUUCCCAAGCGAACUGGGCUGCGUCCCGCGGUGGUCGCGGUGGCUGGUGGGGAGGGCGCGGUCGUGGUGGUGACUGGGGGUACGAUCGGCCGGUGUCGAUGGCCAAUCUGCAGCGAGCUGUUUCUGCUGCUGUGCGCGAGGAGCGGAACGGGCAGGCGAGCCAGAGCAAUUCGCCUCGCGUUGCUCCAACGCAUGCGUCCCUUCCUCCGGCUGCGCCCUAUGCGCCGGCGCCUCCCUUUCCCCAAUCGGCCGUUCCUCCUCCCCAUGCUCCCUUUGCAUCUGCUGCUGCUCUUGGGAACCGCAUGUGCCUGCCGUGGGUUCCUCCUGUGGCGGGUAUGGAGUUUGUGACCGCAGAAGGGGGACCCCAGUCGCUGGUGGGGCCCUCUCCUACCGCUGUGGUGCCCGAGGCGUCUUUGGGGCAGCUGUGGCGCCUCUCUGAGGGCCUGAAGGCUGUUCACCUGAUUCAGGUGUAUGGUCACGCGGCUCUCGCCCAGGGUGUUCCUCUGGAGAGCGGCCAUCGGGACGAGUGCCUAGAUGCCGCAGAUCGGCUGGGCGAGCUCCUGGCGCCCGUGUUGGCUGCGCCCACGCGGGGUGGAGUUGCGGGCGUUGGACAGCUUGGGACGGCAGUCCAUGGUCUACGCCGGUUUUUGUGCGCAGGGACUGCAGUCGACUUGAUCGGCGCAACCACAGUGGUGGUGCGCGAGCUUCAUCGCUCUCUGACAGGUCUUCUUGCCGUCCUUGAUGCGGAUCAAAUGUAG